AUGUCCGAGGUAUUAGAAGAAAAAUUAAAAAAACUUAUUGAGGAGUCGAGAGCUUCUAUUAAUUGGACUGAAGUAAAUAAGUGGAUUGCGGAGGGAGAACCAUACGAAGAACACGAAGAAAUUUUAAUGUUUAUGAAUCAAAAUGGAGUUGCUGACUCAAGAUCAGAUGAGGAGGAGAACAUCCUCAUGGAGAAACUUUUUACAGAGAUUCCGGGAAGGCUAAUCAAAAGGCCAGGACAAAGAGCCAUUCUAGAACUUCCACCAAAAGAGCCACAACCACCGGAAGUAAGAAACGUCAACAUUGUAAUAAAGUUGCUGGAUCCAACCAUGUUUCCGAUUCAAUCGAGAAACACGGAACAAAUGCUGAAUAAUCUGAGUAAUUCAGGUCUGUUGAAUAAUGUUAUUGGAUUAAAUGUGAGAGGCAGAGUUAGAAAGUAUGGAGCAGGAAUGACAAAAUUGCGACCUGCAGUAAAUAUUCUUUUGCGUCAUAUUCGUGGUAGAUGGUUCAGAGCAAUAGCAUUCUUCACAGACCAUUCUCUUUAUUCAAAUUUUCUUAAUUUGCAAGUUGCUAUAUUUCACGCUUCACGGAGCAUAAAUUGCUCUAAAUACAACUACGUGAUAUUCUAUACUUUUCAACUAAGACCGACAGAAUAA